AUGCUAGGGAUUCGAGUUGUAGUUAAAAACGAUUUGAACGCACAACCCACCGAACUAGUUUACGGUCGCUGUCAACGUAUUCCUGGCGAAUUAGUCUCUCCACUAAAGUCGAUUGAUUUCGACUAUGGUGAUUUUGUAGAGCGCAUUAAGCAUCACAUGCGCCAACUAAAACUCACUCCGACGAGGGAGCGUGUGGAGCAGCUGGAUACUACCCUGGACUGCUGCAUGUCGCCUCUUUGUUCAAGAUGCGGUUGUCUUGGGCCUGCCGAAGGCUUGGGGUCCUCACCCACUACGGACAAUUUGGCUCCGGCAAUGGUUGUUGGGCGCGGUUGUAUCCAUCGUUCAUACUACAUGCGUCCGCGUUCCGGACCAGGUUGUGGAUCACACCCCUGCCUCACGUACAUGUUGUUUUGA